CUUCAAGACUAUUAUUUUGUGCCAUUGACCUGUUUCGCUUCGUAUCGAUCUCCCUCCCCAUUCCAUAGCAGCAGCCAUGUCGGGAACACAUAUCGCUCCGUGGAGAACCCCGGCCCAGGGCCAUUUGACUUCCGAUGACCAUGGAGAUGCCAAAACGGACUACACUCGCUGGCGACUACGGGAUGAUCGCGGUCGCCAAACGUGGCACUAUCUCGAAUCGGAUGAGGAGUGUGAGAAGUGGCCGCAGACGGUGGCCGAUAAGUACUUUCUGGGUUUACCCACGGGUCUUCCCGAACUUCCAACGCCCAAGACUCCGCUUCAAUGUGCAGAAAACGGCCUGGAGUUCUUCUCAAAGCUACAGCUCGAGCCGGGCAAUUGGGCCUGCGAGUACGGUGGGCCUAUGUUCCUGCUACCGGGCCUGAUUAUCACCUACUAUGUCACGCACACGCCCAUCCCCCCGGAAUAUGCGACCGAGAUCAAGAGAUACCUCUUUGCUCGGCAGCAUCCGGAGGAUGGUGGCUGGGGUCUUCAUAUCGAAGCUCAUAGCUCCGUCUUUGGGACGUGUAUGAACUACGUCGCGCUGCGGCUGGUUGGGGUGAAUGAAGACGACCCCCGCAUGGUCAAGGCCCGCGGACUGCUUCAUAAAUUUGGAGGCGCCCUCUAUGGACCUCACUGGGCGAAAUUCUUCCUCAGUGUGCUGGGUGUGAUGGAAUGGGAUUGCGUGAAUCCUGUUCCGCCAGAGAUCUGGUUGCUUCCGGACUGGGUGCCAUUUGCCCCUUGGCGGUGGUGGAUUCACAUUCGGCAGGUCUUCCUGCCCAUGUCUUAUCUGUGGUCUAAGAAGUUCGCCCAUCCGUUGGACCCUCUCACCAAGCAGCUUCGGCAAGAGCUGUAUACGCAACCAUAUGAUUCGAUCGAUUUUGCCGGUCACCGCAACUCAAUCCACGCAGCGGACAAUUACUAUCCGAAGACGUGGCUACUGAACACGCUGAACUCGGUUCUCGUCAAUUUCUGGAAUCCCUAUUUCCGGGUCUCCGCGGUGACCCGCCGCGCGGAAGACUGGACUUGGGAGCUGAUCCGGAUGGAAGAUGAGAACACGGAUUACGCUGGCUUAGGGCCGGUCAGCAACCCUAUGAACAUGAUCGCGUGCUAUGAACAUGACGGCCCCGAUAGCUACUCGGUACGCCGGCACCGUGAGCGCUUGAAUGACUACAUGUGGAUGAAGAAUGAGGGCAUGUUGAUGAACGGCACCAACGGAGUGCAGGUCUGGGAUACCACCUUCAUCAUCCAGGCUGUUGUUGUGGCUGGUUUCGCGGCGGACCCGAAGUGGCGGCCGAUGUUGACCAAGGCGCUGGAAUUCGUGGAAGACCACCAGAUGCGCGAGAACGUCCCGGAUCAGGAGAAGUGUUAUCGCCAGCAUCGGAAGGGCGCGUGGCCGUUCAGCACCAAGACGCAGGGCUACACGGUGAGCGACUGCACUGCUGAGGGGCUGCGGGCUACGAUCCAGCUACAAGAGAUGCACGAUUUCCCGAAUUUGAUCUCGACGCAGCGACUAAAAGAUAGUGUGGACUGUUUGCUGCUUAUGCAAAAUCCAUCCGGGGGAUUCACUGAAUACGAGAACACGCGCGGGUCAACCAAGCUGGAGUGGCUCAACGCGGCGGAGGUCUUCGGUGGCAUCAUGAUAGGCUACGACUACCCGGAGUGUACGACGGCCUCCGUGACUGCCCUCUCACUCUUCAGCAAGUACUUCCCUGACUACCGCGCGGAUGAGAUUCGAGCCGCCAAGGAGCGGGCAGUCAAGUAUAUCAAGCGGGUGCAACGGGCUGAUGGCAGUUGGUAUGGAUCGUGGGGGAUUUGUUUCACCUACGCGGCCAUGUUUGCGUUGGAAAGUCUGGCGAGCAUCGGUGAGACGUACGAGACCAGCGCGGACUCCCGCCGCGGCUGCGAGUUCCUGCUGUCGAAGCAGAAAGAAGACGGUGGCUGGGGUGAGUCGUAUCUCAGCAGUGAAAAACACGUGUAUGUGCAACAUGAGACGUCACAGGUGGUACAGACGGCAUGGGCCUGUCUAGCCCUGAUGGAGGCGGACUAUCCUCACAAGGAACCAUUGGAGCGGGCGAUGAAGCUGCUGAUGUCACGACAGCAAGCCAACGGCGAGUGGCUGCAGGAGUCCAUCGAAGGGGUUUUCAAUCAAUCUUGUAUGAUCUCCUAUCCGAACUACAAGCUCUACUGGCCGAUCCGGGCUCUGGGAUUGUAUGCACGCAAAUUCGGCAAUGAUUCCUUGUUGUGAGAUAGAGAUAGAUCGGCUGUGUUCAUCUAUCUAUCUGUACAGUACAUUC